AACUUGAAACUUCCUGGAAAUAUAUACAGAUGUAAGAUAAAUAAGAUGAACGAACUUUUUGCAUUUAUAUUUUAUAUCUCGUUACAUUUUAUGUGAACAAUGAUAUUACUGCACGGACUAUUCAUAACAGCUGUGGUACAGCCAGUAUUGACAUGUGAAGGCAACUGUAUAAAGAUAGGGGUUGUUUCCAAUGGAACAGAGAAUAUUUCAACCGAGAACAUAUUUUAUUUCGGGCUUAACAUAUCUCUUGUAAAAUAUCAGAUUGAUACAUCAGAGGUUUACCAUAUAUUUCGAUCGGUUAAACAAUUGGACGCUGACGACGAUGUUGACGCCAUAACACUUUUUGACUACGAUGCUUCUAUUCUUCGGAUGCCCCAACUCUUGAAUACAAGCAACAAAAAGCUGAUCAUGUGGGGAGAAAGGCGAAGAGACAAUCCACAUUCCAAUAAGUAUUCAUUUUUCAGUGAAGACAGUCUGUUAACGUUACUUGCUCCCACGGCACUGACGAUUAUAGUGAAACAGUCAGCGUGGAGAUGUGUAUUUAUUUUCUACGAGACAUCCACAGAGGUAGAGGCUUCCGACCUUGUUGACGCUCUAUCCAAAGAAGGGGUUCUGCUUUCCUUGUUUAACAUUGACCACGAGAGAUCUCUACACAAUCUCCUGCAGAGGAUUUAUGAAUUUGAAGCUAAAAAAUAUCAAAAUCAAGAAAUUAAUUUCAUAGUACUUUGUCAGUUCUACUGCGCUCGGACAACACUAAGAACGGCAAACACAUUUGACGCAUUAAACCGUUCACAGAAGACUCUCCUUAAAAUGUUCUCGAGAUGGCUGGUUGUUGUGUAUGGACAAAGUCAUGGUGUGCCACAUACUCUCAAAGCAUGCGCAAACGAUCUUGAUAAUGUCGCUAUUGUCGCCUUUCCAGGAGUCAGUGGAAACGGCCUUGAGGUAUUGAUGUUACUAAUUAUGAAACAGAUUUCCACAUUUUAGCCAGUGUUUUGAUAUCAGUAGUACACAUAAGUGAGAACGGCAAAGUAUCAUUUUCAAAAUUAAUAUCACAAUAUCAUAUUGCCCUUUUUAUUGGUAGUGGAUUCAUUUGUUCAGAUCGUAGAACAUUUUCUUAAGUCAAACAUUUAUUCACGUAUUUGACAACAACUUCAAAGUCAGCUAUUAACCGCCUAAAUCAAAAUGUAUAUUUGACUGAACUAUGUUUCAAUAUCGUGACUA